AUGAGCUCGCAGACGCCGGCUUUUCAUCAUGGCUCCAGUCCCAUCUCCGUGCACGAGUUCCGGGAUGCCGUGCUGGCAACAUGCCGGCCACGGUUCCCUACGGCGUACUACGCCCGGCCACAGCGCAUAGGCAAGUCCCUUGCCAUUAGCGGAGGAGUAGAUUCAAUGGCAAUGGCAUUCCUCUUCUCUGCUCUUCUCAAGGUAUACAAGGGCAUCAAAAUCGCCGAUAACCCGGCUGAGAGCGCCUUCGCCAUUGUUGUUGAUCAUAAGCUGCGAGAAGAGAGCUCCCAGGAAGCUUCUCGUGUGACCCAAGAGCUGAAGAGAAUUGGCCUCAAGUCCGUCAUCAAACCAUUGAACUGGAGAGAGCAGAGAUGGAAUGGCAUCGAGCCAACUACUUUACCCAAUGUCGAGAGCCUUGCACGCACCAUGCGAUACCAAGCUCUGGGGUCUACUUGUAGAUACCUUCAGGUUCCAAGUCUCUUUUUCGCUCACCAUCAGGACGACCAGUAUGAGACUGUUCUGAUGCGGCUGCUCGCGGGCCACGGGUACAGAGGCCUGCAAGGCAUCCGUGAAGCCAACGCCAUUCCAGAGUGCUAUGAAUUGCACCAUGUCUACAAGAGUGGCCUGCUUGAUGAUCAAAUGCAAAAAUUCCCCUUCCUAAGUUUCAGACCACCGACGCGUGAAAUGAAGCGGCUGCGGUUUAUUCUGAAAGAUGACAAAAAGCAAGAGUCAUGGGAUCAAAUCCAGUCGUACCUCAACUUGGACGAUGCGUCUACCCGUUUCCCUGGGCAUCUUUCGCGAGAUUUCGAUCCCAGCAUACCAUACCUGACUCCUCUGCAGAGUGAGGAUGGUGGUGUCAUGAUAUAUCGACCACUUCUGGAGUUUGACAAGGGCAGGCUCAUUGCAACCUGUGAGGCCAACGGCGUCCGCUGGUUCGAAGACCGCACCAACACUGAUCCAACUCUCACAACCCGGAACGCUAUCCGAAAACUUACACGACUUCACACGCUGCCCAAGGCUCUGCAGAAGCCAUCUGUUCUGGCACUUGCUCAUCGGUCGAGACAGAGGGCUCAGCUGGAAGAAGCUGAAGCCCAUAGACUACUGAUUCGCGAAAACGUCAUCAAAGAUUUUGAUCCCAACGCGGGUACUUUGCUGAUUGAUGUAUCUACUCUUUGGCGCGAUAAGUUGCGUAACACCAGGAGCCCGUUCGCUCAAACCCGAGAAGAAGCGCGCAAAGAAGCACGCAAACGCUCUCGUCGACUAAUAGCCACUAUAGCGAUCCGCAAACUCAUUGCUUUCGUAACACCAGAGCUCCAUCUACCACCCCUAGUCAACUUGGAAAGCGCCGUUGACCGACUCCUCCCGCAUUUAUCAGAAACUCCCGAUGAAGUACUGGCGAUAGAACCAAAGACCUUUUCAAUAGCAGGUGUCUUGUUUGAGCCUGUUUUUAAAACGAAUUCAUUGAUGUGGCUCUUGUCCAGAGCACCGUAUUCCUCAAAGCAACCGUUACCAGAGCGAAAACUCCCGGGCUACCUAAAUUAUAGAGCUGGUGUUUUGAGAUUGGACGCUGAUAGCGACCAGCCAAGUCGGCAUCGCCACUGGCGUGGGUGGAAAACAGCCAAAUUAUGGGACGGACGCUUCUGGAUACGAGUGAGCGCUUGCAUCGCGGCAAAAUUUCACGUGCUUCCUUUUCUUCCCUCUUCUGCGAAGCCGUUUCGGAUGGCUCUACCUCCAAAGGAGCGCUCAAACCUUGAGAAAGUUCUCAAGCACUAUGCGCCGAGAAAAGUGCGAUAUUCGCUACCUGCUCUUUACAGCGUUGAAGAGUCAAGCGACGGCCAAGAUUCCAAGCAGAUAAUGACACUGCUGGCACUACCGACUUUGGGAAUCCACGUGCCAGGUCUCGAAAGAUGGGUCAAGUAUGAGGCAAGAUACAAGAAUAUUGACAUUACUUUGCUCGGAUCGACCAAGAAAAACCAAAGGAAUAAAGUGUCGCUGUUGAGAUCUACCCGUCCCUUGGCCAAGAAGCAGAGUGCGGUACUGCGGAGCCAAGGAACGCGGAGGGGCGGACAAGCCAGAAACCCCCAUGGUGUAUGGGAAGAUUCAACGAGCCUAUGAAAGGAGUCAUUACUACUAGUAUCCGUGUCGGCAAAGAACAGUAUUGCCUAGUCUCUCAUCCUAAAACAGACUAAAGACCUCCCCAGAGAUAGGACUUGCUGCAGUCAUACCCUUGGCUCCCCCCUUUUACCCGAUAUUUAGUGCUAUUUGAUUCGCGAGAUCCGGUUGGAAUGAUGGAAUCGUCAGCUAAGUUAUUGGAGGAUGCAGGGCAAUGUUCCCUUGCCUUUGCAUAGGCAUCUUGUUUAGCCUUGGUUGAUGAAUUGAAUGAAACGCGCGGGCCAAUCUAUCUGCCGCAAAGCAGCCCACUGCGGGUUCGAUACACUUGUAGAAGACCAUCUUGCGAACAUAUGCACCGUGACGAAUAUUGCGGAUGAGCGCAUGUCGUCAGCAGCCGUCAGACAAGGAGCCGAUGGGUUAUUGACUUCAUACUCCGUAUAAGUGCGUUGCCGCUUAACUGCACAGCCU